UUUCCUUGCUCAGCUUCAAUGUGUUCCGGAGUGGGGACGGGGUGGCUGAACCUCGCAGGUGGCAGAGAGGCUCCCCUGGGGCUGUGGGGCUCUGCGUGGAUCCGAUGGGGCCGCUGGUGACCUGGGUGGUCGCCCUCCUCUUCCUCUUCCUGCUGUCCAGGCAGGGCGCUGCCUGCAGAACCAAUGAGUGCUGUUUUCAGGACCCGCCAUAUCCGGAUGCAGACCCAGGCUCGGCCUCGGGCCCUAGGGACCUGAGCUGCUAUCGGAUAUCCAGUGAUCGUUACGAGUGCUCCUGGCAGUAUGAGGGUCCCACAGCUGGGGUCAGCCACUUCCUGCGGUGUUGCCUUAGCUCUGGGCGCUGCUGCUACUUCGCCACCGGCUCAGCCACCAGGCUGCAGUUCUCCGACCAGGCUGGGGUGUCCGUGCUGUACACGGUCACACUCUGGGUGGAAUCCUGGGCCAGGAACCAGACAGAGAAGUCUCCUGAGGUGACCCUGCAGCUCUACAACUCAGUUAAAUAUGAGCCUCCUCUGGGAGACAUCAAGGUGUCCAAGUUGGCUGGGCAGCUGCGUAUGGAGUGGGAGACCCCGGAUAACCAGGUUGGUGCUGAGGUGCAGUUCCGGCACCGGACACCCAGCAGCCCAUGGAAGUUGGGCGACUGCGGACCUCAGGAUGAUGAUACUGAGUCCUGCCUCUGCCCCCUGGAGAUGAAUGUGGCCCAGGAAUUCCAGCUCCGACGACGGCGGCUGGAUAGCCAAGGAAGUUCCUGGAGCAAGUGGAGCAGCUCCGUGUGUGUUCCCCCUGAAAACCCCCCACAGCCUCAGGUGAGAUUCUCAGUGGAACAGCUGGGCCGGGAUGGGAGGAGGCGGCUGACCCUGAAAGAGCAGCCAACCCAGCUGGAGCUUCCAGAAGGCUGUCAAGGGCUGGCGCCUGGCACAGAGGUCACCUACCGACUGCAGCUCCACAUGCUGUCCUGCCCGUGUAAGGCCAAGGCCACCAGGACCCUGCACCUAGGGAAGAUGCCCUAUCUCUCGGGUGCUGCCUACAACGUGGCUGUCAUCUCCUCGAACCAAUUUGGUCCUGGCCUGAACCAGACGUGGCACAUUCCUGCCGACACCCACACAGAACCAGUGGCUCUGAAUAUCAGCGUCGGAACCAACGGGACCACCAUGUAUUGGCCAGCCCGGGCUCAGAGCACGACAUAUUGCAUUGAAUGGCAGCCUGUGGGCCAGGACAGGGGCCUUGCCACCUGCAACCUGACUGCACCGCAAGACCCGGAUCUGGCUGGAAUGGCAACCUACAGCUGGAGUCGAGAGUCUGGAGCAAUGGGGCAGGAAAAGUGUUACUACAUUACCAUCUUCGCCUCUGCGCACCCCGAGAAGCUCACCUUGUGGUCUACGGUCCUGUCCACCUACCACUUUGGGGGCAAUGCCUCAGCGGCUGGGACACCGCACCACGUCUCGGUGAAGAAUCAUAGCUUGGACUCUGUGUCUGUGAACUGGGCACCAUCCCUGCUGAGCACCUGUCCCGGCGUCCUAAAGGAGUAUGUUGUCCGCUGCCGAGAUGAAGACAGCAACCAGGUGUCAGAGCAUCCCGUGCAGCCCACAGAGACCCAAGUUACCCUCAGUGGCCUGCGGGCUGGUGUAGCCUACACGGUGCAGGUGCGAGCAGACACAGCGUGGCUGAGGGGUGUCUGGAGCCAGCCCCAGCGCUUCAGCAUCGAAAUGCAGGUUUCUGAUUGGCUCAUCUUCUUCGCCUCCCUGGGGAGCUUCCUGAGCAUCCUUUUCGUGGGCGUCCUUGGCUACCUUGGCCUGAACAGGGCUGCACGGCACCUGUGCCCUCCACUGCCCACACCCUGUGCCAGCUCUGCCAUUGAGUUCGGAGGGAAGGAGACUUGGCAGUGGAUCAACCCAGUGGACUUCCAGGAAGAGGCAUCCCUGCAGGAGGCCCUGGUGGUGGAGAUGUCCUGGGACAAAGGCGAGAGGACUGAGCCUCUCAGGAAGACAGAGCUACCAGAGGGUGCCCCUGAGCUGGCCCUGGAUACAGAGUUGUCCUUGGAGGAUGGAGAUAGGUGCAAGGCCAAGAUGUGAUCGCUGAGGCUCAGAGAGGGUGAGUGACUCGCCUGAGGCUACGUAGCACACACAGGAGUCAAAUUUGGACCCAAAUAACCCAGAGCUCCUCCAGGCUCCAGUGCACCUGCCUCCUCUCUGCCCCGCGCCUGUUGCCACACAUCCUGCGGGAGGAACCCUAGAUGCUGCCAUGAAAUGGAAGCUGCUGCACCCUGCUGGGCCUGGCAUCCGUGGGGCAGGAGCAGACUCUGCCACUGACCUGUUCUGGAAUAGAAUAGACUGGGAAUGGGGGCAAAGGGGGCUCAGAUGGAUCCCCGGACCCUGGGCUGGGCAUCCACCCCCAGGAGCACUGGAUGGGGAGUCUGGACUCAAGGGCUCCCUGCAGCAUUGCGGGGUCUUGUAGCUUGGAGGAUCCAGGCAUAUGGGGAAGGGGGCUGUAAACAUUGUGGAAAAAAUGAUGGUCCUCCCAUCCCACCCCCACCCCACCCUCACCCCCCUAUAAAAUGGGGGUGAUGAUAAUGACCUUACACAGCUGUUCAAAAUCAUCGUAAAUGAGCCUCCUCGUGGGUAUUUUUUUCCCGUUUGAAGCUUGAAUGUCCUGCUCAAAAUCUCAAAACACGAGCCUUGGAAUUCA